GUUUACGUAAGCGACGCAGUUCGUUUUCGUUGGCCACCGGUAGUAAGAUUUUUGUUGUGAGCUUACCAUGAAUAACACGAUUCUUUGGCGAUUAAGUCCGAGUUUGACUAGCAAUAGUCCUUUUAUGACUAUUUUCCGAAACGCUUCCAAGAAAACUGGUGGCAGUUCUAGGAACCCUCCCAAGAAUCCUCGGCCGAAACAUCGCGGUUGGAAAGUGCAGGAUGGACAUCACGUUUCAGCUGGAGCUAUAUUAGUCACCCAACGAACCCCUCGUUUUCAUCCUGGCUUGAAUGUUGGACUGGGUAAGAAUGGCACACUUUUUGCAAUGGAGCAUGGAAAAGUUUAUGUCACAUGCGAACAACUUGAUCCAAACCUGGAACACACGUGGGUACAACGUUGUUAUGCAGGUCGUGAAGGACAAACCAUCUUUAAGAAAUUUUUCAAUGUCGUUCCGGAGCUUCAGCAUAUCCGUUUUAAGUUAGUCGAUGAAGUUUAAAUUAGUGCAAAAAUAAAUCGAACGGCGUGUAAUAAAACAGCA